UCGGCACAGAUUUCAAAAUAUGAGCUGAAGCUUUCUGUGCAAAUUGGAUUUUGAAUGGCCAAUAUUCCCCUCGCAAUAGUUCUGUGUUUCUUUUGGAAAUCGUGUGGAUGGUGAAGAAGGGACGAUUAAUAGGACGAUACGAACGCAACAAAAGCAAAGGUGCGAUAUUACCGAAGAGAGCUACAACCAGCUUCGCUGUCGUUCAAAACCCAUUUCUACUCCAUCGGGAUGAAUCCUAAUGCUUCAUCACUUUUGCUUUUCAUCCUUGUUGCCAUCUCCUUUGAAUUUUCGGAUCUGCGAGCCAUCAACAUAGCGAUUUAUUCUGAGAGAACACUCAAUGAAACUUUUGAUAGCAAGGAGGAUUUAGAUUUAAAUAAUAGAAAUGACGGUUUUAGGAGAAAAAGAGCAAUAGUUAAAAGGCAGAUUAGAGAGCAUAUUAUGCGUUGCUGCCAUUCGGAAUCGUGUCCAACCGGCCCUUCAUUCAACAGAUUUCUUAGGAGGAGGCUUCCCGGCGGGAUGCAACACACAGCCGUUGCUAGAUUUGUUUCGGACGGGUUGAGUAUUUCUUGCAUGGGUUGUCCCGACGGGUGGCAGAAUGAUUUGAUGCUUGGGGACGGCGUUGGAAACAUCCCUGUUGUGUGUCCAGGGUGCGAACCUGGCUGGAGGGAUUUGCUGCCCAGCGAGUUCAAGACCACGGAAUUUUCAGAGUUAAGCACUACUAAAAGUAAGAAGGCAAGAACAAAUAUGUGGGACAAUGCUGUGGACACUACUGACGAGUACGGAAACAAGGUUGAAGUUGUGACUGAAGUAAUCAACGAGUAUGAAGAUCAGACGACUUCAGAGGAAACUUCUACUUCGGAAGAGUCUACCACCGAAGAAAGCACUACUUCUGAAGAAGUAACAACAGAGGCAGAGAGCACCACCAAAAGUGUGCCUUCGCCACCAAAUUCACGUCCCAAGAACACUCCAAAAAUUCCAACCACUUUAAAUAAAUUACCUCCUGCGACCACUACCAAAAAUCCAGCCACUUUAAAGGUUUCGUCUUCACCUCCUGUGACCACUACAAAAACGCCAACCACUUUAAAAACUACACUUUCUACGACCACUAUGAAAAUUGCAACCACCGUGAAAGCUUUAGCAACUACUUCGUCUUCAAAACCUGGCCUUGCCUUACCACCAGGGUUUACCAUGCCCGCUGGCAUGCAAUUGCCACCUGGAAUGAAAUUGCCUGACAAUCUUGGUGGACUCGCUUCUAUGAUGGGGACCACUGUGAAAGGUUCAAAGCCUGGUCUUGCCUUGCCGCCAGGGUUCACCAUGCCAGCAGGAAUGCAAUUACCACCUGGCAUGAAUUUGCCCGACAAUCUAGGUGGACUAGCUGCUAUGCUAGGUUGA